AUGGCUGAGGCCAUCAAAGCUGCUAUAGAUGAUGAACCACAGGAAUCAUCUGUGGCUGCCCUGCCACAUAGAGCGGGGCUUCGUUCUCAUGGCCAAGCUCUGUCGGGCGAAGUUUCUUCUUAUCAUCCUCCCGAGGACGAAGAAGAUGAAUUAAAGGCUGCAGAUGCAGAGUCUGCUCCGGUGAUGGAUCUUCCUAGGUCUCCUGCAUUAGAAUCAGGGGGUCUUGAAGAGAAUCCAUUCCCUUCUCCUUCGGCCUUAAUGUCCCAAGCUGGUGAUUUAAUUUCUAGUCCUACAACGGGACUCAUGAAUAAACCAGCUACUGGAACAGAUCUUCCGGAACCUUCCGCGGCUCAGGAUGAUGAGGAGCGAGUUGAUUAUGACGACUCCCCAACUGGUGAUGUAGCUGACGGAGAUAGAGACGAUGAGGAUGCUGAUGCUGGCAAGUCUGGUGGUGGUGAAGAUGACGAAGAGCAUGAUUCCAUAGAUGACGUCACCACUUUUGAUGAUGACGCUCCCAAGGUCCCAUCCGAUAAAGCAUAUGGUUAUACUCCUUUCUAUCUUACCGGUUCCCCUACUCCAGGGACCACUACUGCUACUGCUUCGGGGCAAGAACCUGUAGUGCUGCCUGAAACUACUACCGCAACUCCUCCACCGGAACAACAGCUCGUGCAGGUGCCAGCUUCUACGCAAGAGCAACCCCUUCCUGACUCAUCCACCGUAACUACUUCAUCUACAACAUUGAUGAAGAUCUCGCUUGCGCCCACAGAGGUCGGUCCAAGCGAAUCUCCGGCGAGGACAAUGAUGGCUUUGACUUCAAGCCCUUUGCAAUUGAAUGUUUCAGUUGCCUCUGCGACUUCUACACCCAAAUCACUUGUCAAUCCAUAUUUCGGCGCGUCCACUUCUGGGGUCGUAGAGUCGUCUUCCAUUGCUUUUUCUAGUCCAACGGACGCUCCUGACUUCCUCCAUAUGUCCUUGAGCUACUUAAACAGUCUCGUGCGGAAGGUUGAGGAAGUGACUCGCCGUGAGGCAAUUGAGCGAGGCAUGGCUGAAAUAGAGCUUCAAGUUACGCAGUUGCGGGAACAGAGCGAUCUGAGACAAAAAGAACUGGAACUCUCAACUGCUUCUUUGGACCUCAUUUGCACGAAACUUGUCGAAGCUGAGGCGGAGGUGUUAAGGUUGAAGGCCGAGCUUUCUCGCGAAGAAGUCGUUGUUAACACCCUUGGGGCCAAGAACGCCGACACUCUUUUGAACUACCGUAAGGAAGCUCAGGCUCUUGAAAGAGCGAAGAAGGAGGCAGCCGCUGAAGUGGCACCCAGUGAGGAUAAGCUGCGGAGAAAAGCUGAAGCCGUUGUGCGAGCCCAUCAUGAGGAGAAGCUCUCUGAUGCCAAGGCUCAACUUGCUUCUUUUGACUUGAACUUGUACUAUUCUUUUGCUUAA